AUGGGUACCCAUGAUUCUCUGAUUCAACCUGACGCGCCAAAAAGCUACAGACAGAAGGUUCGUGGCAGGAUAUCCAAGCGUCUCAUCUCCCUUAAAGGGACGUUGAAAAACACAAUAGAUGUGGAACCCACGCCAGGUUCCGCGUCUCAUGUCUCCGAGAACAUAUCAGACAACGGAGAAGAGGACCAGCCGAAUGCGGACACGGACAGACAAGAUCCGGAUACGGAACACGACAUGUGGGCGAAAGCAGAACAGAAGUUGCGAAAGGACGACAAAAAGCGGUACAACUUGGAAAAGUACGACCGGAUCCUGGAAGCACAUUUUGGGGCCAAACUCGAACCCAUUGGCACUCAGUCGAGACGCAACCAGUUUUAUGAGUUCCUCACCUCGGAAGUUGAAGAUUUGCAUCGUGCACGAACAGAAGACAAUACCAAAUGGAGGAAGUGCAAAAGAAAAGCCAAACAAUAUUUUGAAACAGCCGCCAAGGUCGUUGUGGCUUCCAAAGACAUUAUCGCUCCAGCAACAAACGCCUGUCUGCCAGCUGGUGUGGCUUGCACCGGUGUGGUGGUAAUUUUGUCGUUCUGCCUCAAAGCCAUCGAACAGCGACAAGUUCUCUUUGAAAGCCUGGACUAUGUCUCUGGCUCCAUCUACCGCAUUGCGGAGUACGAAGCGCUGUGCAGGAACAACUCUGUGGUGCGAAAUGAAGAGACCGAUGCCGCACUCACAGAUGCCUGCUGCAACAUCAUUGAGUUUCAGGCGCAAGUGCUCUGCUUCCUCCAGACUAGCCCGCUUGCGAGCGCCAUUCGUAACACGUUCGAAUGGGAUGGGUGGAGCAAAAUGCUGUCGGGAAUGACAGCCGCCGAAACCCGCGUCAAAGCCUGCGCUGAGAGAGAGCAGAUGAACAAUGUUGUCAAAAUAUACAGCAAAGUGAGCGAGAUUGCCGAGAUUGCCAACGAACUGAAGCAGCAGAAGCGGGCACAAGAAGCCGAGGCCCGAAGCAACAAAGCGAAUGAUCUCCUUCAGCUCCUCUACAGAAACACGUGUAUAUACGAGGAAAGUAAACAACGAAACCGAGAACGCAUCUUGGGCACCUGCGACUGGUUCACCAACCACGAUUUGUUUAAGAACUGGGACUUGGAGACGAUUUCAGGGACAGCGAGCAUUCUUUACGUCACGGCAGACCCCGGUUGCGGCAAAUCAGUUCUGUCCAGGUAUCUGAUUGACAAGAUUCUCCCUGACGAUAAAAGAACAGUGUGCUACUUCUUCUUCAAGGACGACUUCGAACAGCAAAAAACGGCCAACAGCGCUCUUUGUACGCUCCUGCACCAGAUAUUUGACAACAAUCACCACCUCCUUACACCCGGCGUUCUUGACACGUAUGGAGCGCGUGGUGAGACGCUGGUCGAGUCGUUCGUCGAUCUAUGGAAGUUGUUCAUUGACGCAGCAAGUCACCAAGAAACUGUUUGCGUUCUUGAUGCCCUAGACGAGUGCCAAGAGUCCGACAUGAAGCGUCUUGUCGAAGCUGUCACUGGUGCUCAGGUCCCAGGUCUCAAAUUCUUGCUCACGAGCAGACCAUACGCAUACAUACGCCGUGCGUUUUCCUCAAGGCGUCUAUCUUUUAUCCAUCUACAGGGCGACAGGGAGGAUACAGCAAACGAAAUUGCCGAGGAAAUCAAACUUGUUGUGGACAAUCGAGUGGACACAACCGCAAAUGCCUUUGGUCUGACGCCAGAUGAACACAGACUGAUGAGAGAACAAGUGACGUCUGUCCCAAACAGAACAUACCUCUGGAUCUCCCUUGUAUUUGACGGUCUGAUGAACGGAAGUGACAUCACAAAGAAGGACAUUGUCAAUUUGGCUAAGCAGCUCCCACGGGGCAUCUAUGCUGCUUACGAAAAGAUCCUCAGAAAAAGCCAAGACCGAGAAAAAUCAAAAAGGCUUCUGCAUCUCAUUCUGGGUGCAGAGAGGCCGCUUACACUUUCGGAGGUGUCUGUGGCUUUGGAGUUCGAUGGCCAGCAGACCUGGGAGGAUGUGAAAGAUUGCAUCAUCCCAAAAGAGAGAGUCCAAGACACACUCCGCAAUCUUUGUGGUCUUUUCGUCGCCAUUGUCGACGACAGGGUCUACCUCCUCCACCAAACGGCAAGAGAGUUUUUGCUCUGUAACUUUCCAACAGAGAAAAAGAAGGAGAUCGAAUUUUCCGGAUUCCCUCAGAGCUACGACAAUGGGCUUGCCAGAUUUAUUGCUGGAUACUUGUCCCUUUUUCUUACCUUUGUUCUUGGCAUCGCACAGCCAUUGUUCCACCAGAUGUGGUUAUUCAUGACCAACUCAUGGCAAAACUCGAUGCAUCUAAGUAAAUCAAACGAAAUCCUGGCAACAACCUGCAUUGCCUGUUUGCAAAUAAAAUCUGCAGACGAGCAGAAUAUUUCAAUGUUCGAAUACGCUGCAAAGUACUGGCCGACCCACUACCGCCAGUCAGGGGAGAAAUUCCGGGUGAGAAUGGGAAAGGCGACACGAGAUCUUUGUUUGCAGGCUGAAUCAGUCACGGGAUGGACUGAAAUCUAUAGAAGAAAUGGUAAUAUACCCGAUGAUCCACUAUGCCUGGCAUCGUAUCUCGGUAUUGAUGGCGCUGUAAAAGUAUAUCUGGAUGAGGACAUCUCAACUACCGCAGGAACUGACUCCAUCAAUAACUCGAAGGAUACAAAGUAUGGCCAGACGCCAUUGUCCUGGGCUGCUGAAAAUGGGCACGAGACCGUUGUGAGGCUGCUUAUAGCAACAGGGUAUGCUCAGAUCAAUUCGAGGGAUGUUUGUGGCCGGACACCGCUGUUUUGGGCUGCCGAGAAUGGAUACGAGGCCGUUGUUCGGCUAUUGCUGGCAACAAGGCAGGCAGAGAUUGACCCAGAGGAUAUUGAGGGCCGGACGCCGUUACUAUGGGCUUCUCUGAAUGGACACGAAGCCACAGUUGAGCUGUUGUUAGCAACAGGGCAAGCUAAGAUUAAUUUCAGAGAUAAGAAAGGACGGACACCGUUGAUUUGGGCAGCUCAGAAUGGACACGAGGCCGUUGUUAGGCUGUUACUAGCAACAGGGCAGGCUGAGAUCGAUUGGAAGGAUUCAAGUGGCCGGACACCGUUGUCAUGGGCUGUUAAGAAUGGACACGAGGCCGUUAUUAACUUAAUAAAAGCUAACGGAGGUACAUAG